CACCCUCCGAGUGCUUCAUGGUGAACGGCGCCGAUUACCGGGGGGCCCAGAACCACACGUCCCCCGACGGCCGGGGCCAGCCCUGCCUCUACUGGAACCAGACCCAGAAGCACGCCUACAACACGGCCAAGUACCCCAACGGGGAGUGGGGUCUGGGCAGCCACAACGCCUGCCGGAACCCGGACGGGGACGUCCAGCCCUGGUGCUACGUCCUUGAAACCGAGGAGGGGAUCUACUGGAAAUACUGCGACAUCCCCAGCUGCCACAUGCCUGGGUACAUCGGCUGCUUCCUGGACUCAGGCAACCCCCCGGCACUGAGCGGCAGCAGCGGCACCUCCAGCAAACUAACCAUCCAAGUCUGCAUCCGAUACUGCCGGAAGCGAGGGUACAAGUUCGCCGGCGUGGAGGCCGGAUGCGCCUGCUUCUGCGGCAGCGAGGGGGACCUGCGGUGGGCCCAGCCCGUGGGGGCCGUGGAAUGUGACCAGGUCUGCUUCGGCAAGGCCAGCGAGCUGUGCGGGGGGGACGGCCGCAUCGGGGUCUACGACGUGUCUGUGGGGGCCUGCCAGGGGAACUUCAGUGCCCCCUCCGGGGUCAUCUACUCCCCGGAUUUCCCGGACGAUUACGGCCCCGACAGCAAUUGUUCCUGGGUCCUGCGCCCGCCGGGCUCCAGCGCCGUGGAGCUCCGCUUCCAGAUCUUCGAGAUCCGGGACCCCAACGACCGGCUGGAGCUGCGGGACGGGCGCAGCCGCCGCCUCCUGGCUCAGUUUGACGGGCAUCACCGCCCCGGCUCCGCCCUCCUCCUCCCCACCGACGUCCUCUUCCUCAGCUUCCGCUCCGACCAGCUCCUGCAUGCCCAGGGGUUCGCCGUGGCCUACCGGGGGGUGAAGGGCCCCGUGUUGGAGACCUCGGAGGGUGACUCCCAGACGUUGCCCAGUGACCUGCUGCAUCCAGCCUUCACGGACCAAGUCAACUCCAGCUGGACCCGCAGCGCCGACGACAUGGCCAUCGGGGCAGGAGGCUGGAUGAUGUACACAGCUUCAGGGGCCUUCCUCCUCAUGCUCCUCAUCAUCUCAUACCACCUGCGGAAGAGGACCUGCCUGUUUGUGCAGAAGAAGAGUGGGGGGCUGCCCGGCUCCUUCUCCUCCGCUGCGGGCCCCCGGUGCCGAUGCCAGUGCCUGGGCGGGGAGGCCUGGGCUGUGGCCUAUCGGCACACGGGGGUGCUGAUCUGCACCGGCCACAGCUCCCGGCACCCCCGUCCGCUCCCUGGCUCCGACGACGAGGCUGCAUCCGACUGCACCUGCCUGUGUCACAGCUAUGAGAACCUGGCGCCCAGCAGCCAGUCCUCCCUCAAGUCGCUCCUGUCCCCCAGCUGAGCUGGGUGGGUGGGCGGACCCCCGCAGGACUCCCCUCCAGAGCCGGGGGCAAUCGCAGAACAACUGCUUCAGAGGAGAGCUGGGGGGACCCCGGAAACGUGCAUUCGUGCCCCCAGUGUCUGCUGCCCCCUGCAGCCCCCAACUUCACAGAGACCCCAGAAUGGGGGGUUCAUGCCCCUCCCACUGUCUGCUGCCCCCUGCUGUCCCUGAGCCCCACAGAGAGACCCCCAGAAAUGGGGAUCACAAUCCCCAGCGUCUCAUGCUGGCCUGGAGCUCCGCUGCCCUACGAAUGGACCCCGCCCCCCUAAAAUGGGGUGUCUGCCUCAGGGUCUGAAACAACCGCUGCCUCGCCAUACCACCGGAGACGGCAUCUGAGGUGGGGUGGGUGGACCUGUCUAAUGCUCUGCCCUGGGCCCCACAGAUGUACCCCAAAUGGGGUUUUUGUCCCCCCCAGUGCCUAACGCGACAGCCACCCCUUGACGAUGAUGCUGGUUUGACCCUCUGAAAGAAGUGGCUCCAAUGCAGCCCCAGGGCAGGGGACUGGCUGGCUCAGGGGGGCGCGGGAUGGGACACGGGGCCUUUCCCUCCAGCAGAUGGAGAAGAGCAGCUCUGUGCCAUGGGGCACAUAUGGACACAUGUGGGGAGUAGGGGGGAGGGAUCUGUGGACAGGGCAUAGCUCCCCUGCAGGGGGUGCUGUGUCCCAUGUGGGGUGCACGAAUGCCCCCUGGGGGACCCGCAGUGACAUGCCCUGAACCAGGAAGAAAGAUGAUAUGAAAAUGA